CUGUCCGCUCACUCCACUACUUCCACUGUUGUAGACGACAACUUCCGCAAACCGAGACAGCGCUGAAUAUAGUGAAAGACUCGAUUUCUUCCCAAUAUGGGUUUUGUGAAAGUGGUGAAAAACAAGGCCUAUUUCAAGAGAUAUGAAGUGAAGUUCAGAAGAAGAAGAGAGGGCAAGACUGACUUCUAUGCCCGCAAACGCCUUGUUGUCCAGGACAAGAACAAGUACAACACACCCAAGUACCGGCUGAUUGUUCGACUGUCCAACAGAGACAUCUGCUGCCAGAUCGCCUACGCCAAGAUCGAAGGCGAUCACAUUGUUAGUGCUGCUUACUCGCAUGAGCUCCCCAAAUAUGGCAUCAACGUGGGCCUCACCAACUACGCUGCGGCCUACUGCACCGGCCUGCUGCUGGCUCGCAGGGUGCUGCACAAGUUCGGCAUGGAGCAGGUGUACGAGGGCCAAGUGGAGGUGACGGGUGACGAGUUUAACGUGGAGAGCGUGGACGGACAGCCCGGCGUCUUCACCUGCUAUCUGGACGCAGGUCUGACCAGAACCACGACAGGAAAUAAAGUGUUUGGAGCACUGAAGGGAGCAGUGGAUGGAGGCCUGGCAAUUCCUCACAGUGUGAAGCGCUUCCCUGGCUACGAUGCUGAGAGCAAAGAGUUCAACGCAGAGGUGCACCGCAAACACAUCAUGGGCAUGAACGUGGCCGACUACAUGUCCUACCUCAUGGACGAGGACGAAGAUGCCUACAAGAAACAGUUUUCACGGUUUAUCAAGAACGGAAUCACGCCAGACACGGUCGAGGAAAUGUACGCAAAAGCACACGCCGCCAUCAGAGCCAACCCCGUACACGAAAAGAAACCCAAAAAAGACGUCCCAAAGAAGAGAUGGAAUCGCGCCAAGCUAUCCCUGGCACAGAGAAAGAACCGCGUCGCCCAGAAGAAGGCCAGUUUCUUACGAGCACAAGAGCAAGAAGCAGGCGACGGUUAGCACAGAAGCCGAGGACUCCAUUCAAGCUAAUAAAUUUAAUGCAGGUUCUAA